UCAGCCAGCCUCCUGCUCCCUCAUCAGGAGUCAUUUUUUUUUCCUGUGAUCUCAUGUAAUUUAGCUUCAGUUUCCCAGAAUGCUAAUCUUGGCACAGCAGGUAGUGUUGGCCACACCACAGACACCUCCUUGUUCAGCUAUAAGAUCAUCAAGAGCUGUUCUAGUAUCAAGGACAACUUUGCCAGAGAGGCUCAAGGUCUUUGUUGGGUGUCUAGGCCAUUAGCAACAGAUUCUACGUUUUCUUCAAGAGUGAGGGAGAGGUUUCUGAUCACAUCUUGUUUUCAUUAACUCCUAACCAGGAAAGCAUGGCCCUGCCAAAAAGAAGCAAAUCCUGAAUCAUGAAUGCCUCCUGAAGAUGUCUUUGAAAAUCACCAAUGCAAAACGAAUCGAAGGCCUUGAUAGUAAUGUGUGGAUUGAAUUUACAAAGUUGGCUGCAGACCCCUCUGUUGUGAAUCUUGGUCAAGGUCUUCCAGAUAUAUCUCCUCCCAUAUAUGUAAAGGAGAAAUUAUCAAAGAUUGCAGCAAUUGAUAGCCUGAACCAGUAUACACGAGGCUUUGGUCAUCCAUCACUUGUGAAAGCUCUAGCCUGCUUAUAUGAAAAAUUUUAUCAAAAUCAAAUCAAUCCAAAUAAAGAAAUCCUUGUGACAGUAGGAGCAUAUGGAUCUCUUUUUAAUGCCAUUCAAGGAUUAAUUGAUGAGGGAGAUGAAGUCAUAAUAAUAAUGCCUUUCUAUGACUGCUAUGAGCCCAUGGUGAGAAUGGCUGGAGCAACACCUGUUUUUAUUCCCCUAAGAUCUAAACCUGUCAGUGGAAAAAAAUGGUCUAGUUCUGACUGGACAUUGGAUCCUCAAGAACUGGCAAGUAAAUUUAAUUCUAAAACCAAAGCUAUUAUACUGAAUACUCCACAUAACCCCAUUGGCAAGGUAUAUACCAAAGAGGAACUCCAAGUAAUUGCUGACCUUUGCAUCAAAUAUGACACGCUCUGCAUCAGUGAUGAGGUUUAUGAAUGGCUUGUAUAUACUGGAAAUAAGCAUCUAAAAAUAGCUACGUUUCCAGGAAUGUGGGAGAGAACAAUAACAAUAGGAAGUGCUGGAAAGACUUUCAGUGUAACUGGCUGGAAGCUUGGCUGGUCCGUUGGUCCUCAUCAUUUGAUAAAACAUUUACAGACGGUCCAACAAAACACCAUUUAUACCUGUGCGACGCCUUUACAGGAAGCCUUGGCUCAAGCUUUUUGGAUUGACAUCAAGCGCAUGGAUGACCCAGAGUGUUACUUCAAUUCUUUGCCAAAAGAGUUAGAAGUCAAAAGAGAUCGGAUGAUACAUUUGCUUGAAAAUCUUGGCCUAAAGCCCAUAGUUCCUGAUGGGGGAUACUUCAUCAUUGCUGAUGUGUCUUUGCUAGAUGCAGACCUCUCUGGUAUGAAGGACAGCAAUGAACCGUAUGACUAUAAAUUUGUGAAAUGGAUGACUAAAAAUAAGAAACUGUCAGCCAUUCCAGUUUCAGCAUUCUGUAACACAGAGACCAAAGUACAGUUUGAGAAGUUUGUGCGAUUUUGCUUCAUAAAAAAAGACAGUACACUGGAUGCUGCUGAAGAAAUAAUUAAGGCAUGGACUGGACAGAAGUCUUGAUCCAAGCAGAAGUUGAAACGUAUGCGAACACCUCCCAGUACCACUUUACCUCAGGCAGAGUAGCAUUGUGGAUAAGAACUAUGAGAUGCUGGUUGAUGCGUCACCUCUCAGUGCUUCAGUUCCCUCAUCAUAAAAAGGGAAUAAAAUAUAGCACCUACUUUAUGACCCCUGUCUGGCUCUGUGGGUAGAGCCUGCAAGUCUUGAUCUUAGAGUCAUGAAUUUCAGCCCCAUGUCGGGCAUGGAACCUACUUUAAAAAAUAGUACCUACUUCAGAUGAAGUUUGUGAGGAUAAAAUGGAUUGAUAUACGUAAAGCCUCAAUAAACCCUCAACUAAUGUUAGUAGCA